AUGUCCGAUCCAUUACAAUGUCUUCGCAUCAGCUCGAUUCUGAUCGGCUUCUGGACAAUGUUUUACUGUUUGGUGCAAAUUGGAGUGCUCGGAUGGCAAGUGAAAGUGGUUAAAGAUCGGCAAUGGGAAUGGGAAAAUCGAAUGGUACCACCAAAUGGAUUUGUCGACGGUUUCCAAGCUCGUUUCCCUGGCCUCUACGCUCUUUACGAAGAGACACCGGAAAGGAGAAGGAUUAAUGCUAUGUAUGCGAUUGUGCUCACUUGUCUCUUUCUCGUAAUCGUUCAUCUCGUUUUUUCCGUUUUUAUGACCUGGGGAGCUUAUAAAAGACGUUCCUCCUUGAUUUUCCCGUGGUUAUUCACUGAAGGUGGGACGAUUAUCAUGUGCACAGCAUACGCGGUUCUCUGGUGGAGUGGAGACGUUUUCACGGAACAACUCGUGAUGUCAGUGGCUGAAUUCGUUUUCUCACUAGCAAUCAAUGGAGUCCUUUUCAUCGUUGUCAUCUUUUACGUGGUUCGUCUAAAUGGAGGACUCGCCUCGAAUAAACCAAAACACAAGCAUCAUUAUCGGAGUGAAUAUCGAAUUGCUUAUGAGCCACCAGCUGGACUUCCGAAUGAAAGAGUUGAAAUCGUGAAAGUGGUGGAAGAAGUGCAGAAAAAGAGUGGGAAAAGGAGAAAGAGUCGAAGUCGAGAUAGGAGCAGAGAUCGAAGACACCGAUCACAUUCUCAUGGAAGGGCUCAAGAGCCGUUGGAUAAGGUGCCACCAUGGCGAGCCGAAUGGAACGAGGGGCCGCCCGAGAAUCUAAGGCGAAAGUUGAAACGGCAUGAGAAUCGAAAUCGGAGAUCCUUUGAAAAACAAAGGAGACAAUUGAUGCAUGACAAGGGCAUUGAUCUCGCGGCACCUGAGGUGGAUGAUCAAGAAUUUCCGUGGAAACUCCCACCGCCACAACCCGAGCGACGCCCAAGAAGCACUGGCAGUAUAAUUAGAGAAUUGUAUUAUGAAGAUUUCCCGUCAGAGCGCUCAUUUCGGCGCGGGCGUCCACCGCGUGGGCAACGGGGGAGAAGUUGGGAUCAGAUUCAACAAGAAGAGAUUCUCGGCUCGCGUCCGACCACCGGAAUGGAGCGGGUGACCUUCUCGAGACAAGAUCCUCAAAUCUACUAUCGUACUCCCGAAGAGACACCCUCUUCACAACACCAACCCGCUCAACAAGUGGAUGUU